AUGGGUGGUGAGCCUCUCAGUACUGCUGUACACGUCUUCCAUGGUCCACUGGAAGCCUUCAAAUACAUUACAAAUGCUAUGCAUGGCGUCUAUGAGAUCAUGGAUUACACAUUAGCCUGGCAAUGUGGCAAUUGCUAUGGAGAACAGCCAACUUCCUACGUGAGGUCAGCUUUUGACAAGUCAUCAAUUUCCCCUGAGCGAGCCCUCCUUGUCGACGAACAAUGUGGUACUCAGCGGACUCUCUUGCACGCGGUCGCCGCAAACCUGGCUGACUCGGUAAUCGUGCCUUUCGACGCAGGUGAUACCUUGCACAUUCUCAAGUUACUCCUUGAUGUUCACGUCGAUUUACAUCCUCGAGAUAAAUAUGGCGCAACACCCUUGGACUAUCUCUGUUAUGGAACACAUCAUUUCGUUGGCACGAUCAACGAAGAGAAAUAUGAGUUGGCCGUGCAUCAAUGGCUCCAGAUGUUACAUUCUCGGGGCUUGGACCUACACGAAUAUGCAAAGCAAGAGGCUCGACUGCAUCCAAAUGGAAACCUGAUACACUGUCGGCAAAUUAGAAAGGGAGUUAGGCGGAAAAUUCUGUUUAGAUACGGGGACAUGAGCGACAACCUGGAAAUCAGUGUCAAGGACAAGAGAGAAGACGCUCCUCUCGAAGAGUUGAUCCCAGGGAGCUGGCCUGACGUUGACAAUGAUGGUCGUGAUAUCAUAGACCAUAGCGAAACAACUCCAGGCUGGGAUCUAGUAUUUGAACCGUUAGUCUCAGGCGGUGUGGAGUGA